CAAAAAAAAACGAUCGUUCAUCUAAGUAGACAUUAACAGUGCAGGCAAUCAACAACGUCUGAUAAUACUCUAUCAACAUCAUCAUCAUUAUUUCUAGUACCGAGCAUAUCAUAAUUAAAGGAAAUGAGCACUUCUAGCAACGUACCACAAGGCAAGCAAGAUGACAACAAGAUUCAAGUUUCUGCUACCAAACAAUCUCUCUCCUUCUACGUUUAUUUGUCCAAGAAAUUCUUGAAGAAUAACGAAGAGAUUGAACUUAGUGGUUUAGGUAGUGCCAUCAAUACUGUUGUUUCAUGUGCUGAAAUCUUGAAGAACCAAAAGCUCGCUACUAUCUCAAAGAUCCAAACUUCUACUGUUCCAGUGUCUAGUAAAAACGAACAAUCCUUCCAAAAGGCUAAGAUCCAAAUUUAUUUGAAGAAGACUGCUGGUUUUGAUGCUAUUAUUCAAAAACAAGAAGAGGAACAAGAAGAGAGAAAGAAACAAAAGGAGCAAAAGUAAAUCCGUUGUUGUCUAUUUGACACGUUAACGUAUUGUCAAUAAAGAAGAUCGUACGUUU